AAGAAGAUCUGUACAUUCUAACCUUUUUACCUUUUAUUGACGUUUAAUGGUGUGAUAUUCUUUUAUUGGGUUUAUAAACGAAUUUAAACAUGGCUAAGCAUCAUCCAGAUCUGAUAUUCUGCAGAAAACAACCUGGUGUAGCCAUAGGAAGACUUUGUGAAAAAGAUGAUGGGAAGUGUGUGAUUUGUGAUUCAUAUGUAAGACCAUGUACCUUAGUACGAAUUUGCGACGAGUGUAAUUAUGGAUCUUACCAAGGAAGAUGUGUUAUUUGUGGUGGCCCAGGAGUAUCCGAUGCAUAUUAUUGUAGAGAAUGCACUAUGCAGGAAAAAGAUAGAGAUGGAUGUCCAAAAAUUGUGAAUCUGGGCAGUUCAAAAACUGAUCUUUUCUAUGAGAGAAAGAAGUAUGGAUUCAAGAAGCGUUAGGCUUAAUUUAACUUUUUUUUUAUAUCGGAAAUCCUGUAUGUAUAAUUUACUUUUUUAACUGAAAAUAUAAAUUAUAUUAAUUAAA